AUGCCAGAUGAACACUUGGACACCGGAACCACUGGCAACCGGUUCUUGCGCAACUCCCUGAAGGCUGCAUGGGCUUCGCGACAGGCUGAAGAGGAGCUGGAGCUGGAGGAGUUCCGGGCGCUGGAAACACAAAUCAAAGCGGAUGUGGUUGGGGCAGCGCGCGCACGCCCUGACCACGGUGGUCAGGUUGGCUGGAGUGAAAACUGCUUCUUAGGGUUUCAGGCACUUCCUUCUUCGACAGUCACCCUCGCGCCGUCCGCGCCCCUUCGCUCCUACGCCGCCAUACACCAGCAGCGCCCGCCGCAACCUAGCCACGGAGCGCCGCGGACCAACAGCCGCGGCAGCGACCCGCAGGCGCGCACGCACGCGGCCUGCGCGUCACCUCGGCCAGCGGGGCGGCACCGCUACAACGACGCCUUUGUUGGCGGAGCCGCGGUAGACGCUGAUGAUGAGUUGGCGGGCAGCUUUGGCGAACAAGCGGGUGGCGAAGCGCCUGGUGGGGAUGAAGGGUCGGCAUGGGGUCAGCAGCAGCAGCAGCAGCCCCUGUCCCCUGGCAAGUCAGGUGCAGCAUCGGUGGCGGGUAAGGUGGGAGGCACCCGCGGCUUUGACGACGCAGAUGCCUGGAACGACACAAGCAGCUUCUUUGGAGGCGGCACAACCGCCGUCGGAGGUGUUCGCAAGGGUGCGGCCGCUGCUGCUGCUGCCGGCGCAAAUGGAAACCGUGCGCCAUUGCGUGGCUCCGCUUUUUUUGGUAGACAAAGCCAGUCGCCCGCCUCGGCGGCGCAGCUAGAUGACCCCUGGGCCGCGCCGGCGAUAGGUGAUGAGCAGUACGGCACGAGCCAGGAGGCCUUUUUGGAUGAUUGCAGUGGCUGGAGCGCUGACCAGCAGCAGAAGCUGCAGCCGCAGCCCUUGAGCCAAAAAGGUGCUGGGGAUGAGGAACGCGGCCCUGACCAGCCCUUCGUACGUGCGCUGUUCAGCAAGCCGCAGCGACAGACGAUGCAGAACGGCGGCAGCCGUACCGUGGUCAAGGGCACUGCUGGGAAGAGCCGGGCGGCGGCGACAGCGGCAGCGGAGCCGUCGGGGCCUUCAGCUGCAGAGCUAGAGAAAAUGCAGCAGGUCCUUGAGGAGCAAUUGGCCAAUGUGGCAUCGGAGCGGUCAACGCUGGUCCGGAUGCGCACGGAGCUGGAGAAAGCGGCCAACCGGCUGGAGCAGGAGCGGCAGGCUUGGGAGAAGACGCGGGCGGAGGAGCAGGCGAAGUGGGAGGCGCAGCGGGAGGCGGAGGAGGGCAAGCUGCGCCGGGAUCGCCGUGUGCUUGAGAAGCAGAGCAAGGCGCUGCUCAAGCUGCCCAACAAGAAGGAGCGCACCGCUAUGGAGGCUGCGGAGGCCGCGCUGGAAGCUGAGCGCCGAGAGGGCCGGGCGCGGGAGGCCCGACACAAGCUCACUGUUGAGCGGCUGCGCCGUCAGCUGGUCGAGUUACAGGGCCACGAAAACCUUGCAAAGCCCAAGGUACCAGAGCGCAACCAGGAGCUACGGGAGGAGGUGCGCUGGCACGAGGCACAGCAGCUGGAGCGGGGCUGGGGCUGCCCGGCAGGAGCUGCAACCGGGGGAGGCGCCAGUGCCGGCGCCAAAGGAGCGGGCCCAGGCGCCGCGCCGCCUCCAGCCAAGCCGCGUCCCGGUCGGACGAUAGCGGUGCAGACGGAACCGCUGGCCUUCCUUCCCCCCUUGGAAUGCGUCGGGGCGGGUCACCGCGCGGACGGCGGGCCCCCAGCGGUUAUCGUGGCAGGCAGCAGAACUAAGUCCUCAGGGAUGGCUGCACCCAGUGUGGGCGGCAGGUUGAGGGGCAUGCAGACGGUUGGAAGAGGGCAUGCAGACGCCUCGGUGGGCGCCGUGCAGCCGGCACAGCCGACGUCAUGGCGCGCUGAGCGGGCGGCGGUUCGCAAAAGCGGUAGCCCGCUGCAGUGGCAGGCAAGUGUGCCGGGUAAUGAGGGAGAUGAAGGGCGAGAAAGUGGCGUGGGUGGUGCUGGCGAUGGAGGUGAGGAAGCAGGACCUACGUACUACGGGCAUGACAAAUUUCGCACGCAGCGGUGCCAGAAGCAGCUUCGAUCGCAGCGGGAGCUGCGCGGAUUAGGGGCGCGGCCUGACUCUCCCUCUUCCUCCCUGCUGUGGCAGCAGGGCAGGGAGCAGGCGUACGACGUGGGCGACGAGUACGACACAGGAUGCGGAGGGGAAGUGGAUGCGGAAGAAGACUUGGGGGAGGUGGAGGACGGGGAAGCCGAGCUGCUGGGAGGAGCGGCCAGGUGUGGCGGUGCUGGUGGCGGCGGUCGCGACGGCGUUUACGUCGGCUGGCGCAGGGGCGGCGCAUGCGCGCCAUCGGGUCCUGGAUCUCCAUCGUCUUACAGCUAUGUGCAAAACGACGAUGUGGAGGUCCUGACGGACGAGGCGGCCGGACCUGAUGGCGCGUACUCCGACAGCGUGUCUGCAGUUGCGUGGCGGCAGCACCAGGACUUCAUGAACAGGGUGGGACUGGAGCCGGGAGACGGCCGUCGCCCAGGUCCCCCUCCCGCAGGCUCGGAAAGUCCGCGCCAAGGCCGCCGUGCCUUCCCCGGCGCCGCUGGUCCGCGGCAGCAGCAGCAGCAGCAGCAGGGCCAGCAGCGGCAGCAGCCCCUGCCGCCGCCUUGGGGCCGCGCCGGCGACGCGGACGCGUCCAGCGCGCAGGAGUUCAGCAGCACCCAUCAGCGCCCCGGCACCAGCGACCGCCUGUCCCGUCCGCCUGAACUCCAACAGCAGGACCAACACCAACACCAACACCAACACCAGCAGCAACAACAACAAACGGUUUGGCAGGCGUACGGACCUGGAGGCGGGCAGCAGUCUUCGCGGCAAAGCGGCUCGGCAGGUCGUCCCGCAGCGGCUGCCAGCAGCAUGCCGCCGCAACUCGCGACGGAUCUACGAGGGGGCCCGGCACCCUGGGAGGAGGCAUAUCCCGACCAGGAGGCUGCCACUCGGGAGCCCCUCCCUGGCUCGUCUCAGGGGGGCCCUGCAGCAUCUCCGCCUGGAAGCCCACGCUGGGCAGCACAUGGUGCGCCACCUGGGCCAGGUCCUGGCGCUGGCAAGGGCGCAACCGCUCCGAGGGUCUUUUUCGGGCCCCGCGGCAGCGAGGCGGCACCUGCGGCUGCGAGAACGCGGGGGGGGAUCCCGCCGGCGGCUGGGCAGACCAGUGGGCCCACCAGUGCAACCGCACCGGCGCCGGUGGUGGUUUCGAUGGCGGUGAGCACAGGUUCUGGGCGGUCUGCUGGGCACGGGUCGCCGGCCCGUCCUUCAAGCCCUCUCCGCGGCUCCCUGGCGGAGCUUGAUGGCGUGAGCCAGACACUGGCGGCGCUCCGCAUGGACCGCCGCGUCGAAGCGGCCGCCGCCGCUGCUGCUGCCGGGGGCGGCUCCACCGCCAAUGGCGCUCCCGCGGCUUGGCCCGGGGUUCCAAGCCUUGGCCGCCCGCCGCACUUUGCGGCUGCGACAGGUCAGGCCCAAUCGCAGGCGGGGCCAGGUUCGGGGCUGCAGCGAGGGCUCGGAUCGCAGCGGCCUGGGGCCGGAUCCCCCGAGGCAGGUAGCGAGGGUGGCUGGCCAGGGGAUGUCUGGUCGCCAAGAUCUCGCGGCGGACCCGCCCGCGAAUCGGCCAAGUCGCAACAACCUUCCUCAGUCGCCCCGAUGGCGUGGGGCCCGGGGCCGACGCACCAGCAGCACCAGCAGCACCAGCAACCGCAGGUGGCGCUACUUGACGGGAGCUCUCGAGUCUACUUCUCGAACGGGGACAUCAAAUGGUCCAUUCCCUCCGCAGCAGCCGCAUUUCGCAGUCCUGCUGCCGCAGCUGCAGCCGGCGAGGCCCCGUCACCGCCCGACGUGGCUGUGGUGCACUAUUACUACGCAGAAGUGGGCACCUGGCACAGCACUUACGGCGGCGAGGGCGGCGUGGAGGUGUUUUACUUCCCCAGCGGCCAGACGGAGGCUCACCACCCUGGCUACGGCAAGGAGAUCAUGUUCCCAGACGGCGUGCUGCGCGUGGUGACGACAGACGGGGAGGAGCUGGACAUCGGCUGGCCCCAGCUGUCCUGGGCAGUUCAGCAGCCGCAGCCCCGAGUGGACGACCUAGCGAGCGCCCCCAAGCUGUGCAUCCCACAGAAACGCUGCCCUAGUCAGGAGGGCCGUAACCCGUCGCCAUGUCUUGGAAAAGUCGUCGUGGCCGGCCGCCUAACCGCCGCCAAGCAGCGGGUGGGGCUUUUGGCGACCCCCAAGCACCCAAUCGGUAUCGCAUGUGGGAAAAUAGCGAUCGGAGGUUUUUUAUUUUUGGACCGAACGGCCAUAAGUCGAAUGACGUAUGGGCGGUCCCACAUCACCAAGAGACUGCGGGACCUUAGCUUUUUCUCUCAACUUAGGAAACGGCCAGGCCCCAGGCGCGAAGCGCCUUUCGGGCGCCCGGCAGUCAGUCACCCAGUGCCGUACAGCCUCUCCUGCGGAAUGCUGUGGGGCGACUACUGGCUGCACUGGGACCGUUGGCCCUUUUUGUCUUCGAAGCAGCUGACUACCCUAGAGUCCUGUGCAAGGUCGAAUCCUUUCAUUCUUGGCAUCCUAGCAGCGGAGCCAGCCAGCUAG